AUGGUCACUGCCUUCAGUUUGCUUUUGGAGCAGCCUGUCUGGAAUCAGUGGUCACUUGGAGUACAGGGAUUCUCUCUCUUUUCUUUUUAGCCAACCAAUGGGAUCUUCAUGAGUGCAUUUCUCAUUGUUUUACCUCUGGAGUCCAUGGCUCAUGGCCUUUUCCAUGAGCUGGGAAACUGCCUGGGAGGAACAUGUGUUGGAUAUGCUGUUGUGAUUCCUACCAACUUCUGCAGUCCUGAUGGCCAACCAACUCUGCUUCCACCUGAGCAUGUGCAAGAGUUGAACCUGAGGUCUACUGGCAUGCUUAAUGCCAUCCAAAGAUUUUUUGCAUAUCACAUGAUUGAGACAUACGGUUGUGACUACUCUACAAGCGGACUGACCUUUGAUACCCUUCACUCCAAGAUCAAGUCUUUCCUUGAACUUCGGACAGCGGAUGGACCCAGACACGAUACCUACAUUUUAUAUUACAGUGGUCACUCACAUGGCACUGGUGAAUGGGCACUGGCAGGGGGUGAUGCUUUACGACUUGACACACUGUUGGAGUGGUGGAGAGAAAAGAACGGCACCUUUUGUUCUCGUCUCAUCAUCGUUUUAGACUGCGAGAACUCUCAGCCUUGGGUUAAAGAAGUGAGGAAAGUAAAUGACCAGUAUGUUGCCGUGCAAGGAGCACAAAUGGCCAGAGUUGUAGACAUUGAGGAAGCAGACCCUCCGCAGCUUGGUGACUUCACCAGGCAAUGGGUUGAGUACAACUGUAACCCCGACAGCAACAUCAGCUGGUCCGAAAAGGGACGUACGGUGAAAGCGGCGUAUGGCGUGUCGAAACACUGGAGCGACUACACUUUGCAUUUGCCAACGGGAAGCGAUGUUGCCAAGCACUGGAUGAUAUACUUCCCACGCAUCACCUAUCCAUUAGUACAUUUGGCAAACUGGUUUUGUGGUCUCAAUCUGUUCUGGGUCUGUAAAGCAUGCUUUAGGUGCUUGAAAAGACUGAAAAUGAGUUGGUUUCUUCCCACAGUGCUGGACACAGGACAGGGUUUCAAACUGGUCAAAUCCUAAUUAGCAACCAAAGAGAAAAUGAAGUGAGAGCUCUGGGAACUUUCUCACUGUACCAUACUUACAACUUUUUAUAUGACUCUUUUUCUCUGAAAAAGUCUGCUACACUCACUUUAUUCAGCUCUUUGAGCAACCGCAGUAUAUGCAACAGUUAGAAACUGCAGUCUUAAACAGAGGAGGGUGGGACUGUGAUACUGAGUUUUGUUACUGGUCUGUAUGUACAUAUGUAAGAGACUUAUUUAAUAUGACCGUGUGUUUUGGACACAGCGCGCGUGUUCAUGGGCGUUACUUAAAGCAGCCUU